GACGCCUUUUUGGGCUCGGCUCUCCGGGUUCAGCUUUGAAUUGAGUGGCCGGCUCCUCAGUUGUGGGGAAACUGCACGGGGGCGGCUGACGGUAGCUGGGCGGCUCCUGAGGGGGCAUCUAAGCCCGCUUUGCCUCUAGGAGAGAAUGCAAAAAAAGACAGCCGGCUUUCGCUCCGCUUGGCCGCAGGUGUUUUAGCCCGGCGUGGUCAAUUAUUGAGGAGCUAAUCAGCGAGAGCUGUGGGUGUCAGAUGUCCCUCGCCUGUUGACCCACGACGCAGCGCCUGCUGUGGCGAUUAUGUGACAAGCUGUCUUUUUUGGGUCGAGGUGUAGAUUUUCGACUGCCUGAGACGGUGCCUAUCUAAGUGAGGGGCUUCAUGGAUGCAAAAAUGUCUACAGAUGCUUCAAGACAAAAAGGAGUGUGGCGACAAACAAGAGCUCUUUUUUAUAAGAAUUGCCUAGUUAAAUGGAGAACCAAGAAGAGUAGUGUUCAGGAAAUACUGCUUCCACUUUUCUUUUUAUUCUGGCUAAUAUUAUUGAGCAUGAUGUACCCAAAUAAGAAAUAUGAUGAGGUGCCUGAUUCUGAUCUUUAUUCUGUGGAUCACUCUAGUAUUUCUGAAUUUGUUGUUGGCUACACACCAGUGAACAAUGUGACGAGAAAAAUCAUGCACAAAAUGUCUGCAGAAUAUUUUACAGAAGGAAUCACUACUGAAGAAUUUCUAAGUGAGCAAGAAAUGCAAGAGGCUACAUUUCGUAGUCCCCGGAACUUUGUGGGUGUAAUUUUUCAGGAUUCUAUGUCCUAUCAACUUAGAUUUCCUCCUACAAAAGUUCCUGUUUCUGCAAUUCAUGUGGAAUCAAGAGCCAGUUGUCCAAACCCUUCCAAGAUAUGUGAAGCUGAAACCUACUGGCGGUAUGGAUUUACAGCUCUCCAGAUCUGCAUUGAUGCAGCUAUUAUUCAGCUGAAGACCAAUCACUCAGUUUUAGAAGAACUGGAACAAACAAAAGCUGUCAUGAUGGGGGAAUCUGCUAUUUUGGAAAUAGAUAAUUUUCCUCGUGCCAUCAUUCUGAUUUAUUUAGUGGUUGCCUUUUCGCCUUUUGGUUAUUACUUAGCUAUCCAUAUUGUGGCAGAAAAAGAGAAGAAAUUAAAACAAUUUUUAAUGAUAAUGGGCCUUCAUGACACUGCCUUUUGGCUUUCUUGGGUCCUACUGUACACCAGUCUGAUAUUUGUCAUGUCUCUUCUUAUGUCGAUCAUUGCAACAUUCUCUUCGCUUUUCCCCAAAAGUAGCUGCGUUGUGAUAUUUCUUCUUUUUUUCCUGUAUGGAAUAUCUUCCGUUUUCUUUGCAUUCAUGUUGACUCCUCUUUUCAAAAAAUCAAAACAUGUUGGUACAGUUGAGUUUUUGUCAACCCUGGCUUUUGGUAUUGUGGGUCUGACAAUUUUCCUGGUAGAGGAUAUUCCAAAAUCCUUUGUGUGGCUGAUAAGCCCUCUCUGUCAAUGCACAUUUUUAAUUGGCGUUGCACAGGUUAUGCACUUAGAAGAUUAUGAAGGAGGAGUUAAUUUUUCAAAUUUAACUUAUGGACCUUAUCCACUAAUUAUUGCUAUACUGCUCCUGGCUCUUGACAGUGUGCUUUAUCUUCUAUUAGCCGUUUACUUGGAUCAGGUUAUUCCAGGAGAAUAUGGAUUGCGUAGAGAUUUUUUUUUCUUUCUCAAGCCCUCAUUUUGGUCAAAGAGAACAAAAAAUUACAAAGAACUGUAUGAAAGCAAUAUUAAUGGGAACUUAGAUUUCAAUGAGAUCAUUGAAGCUGUAUCAUCAGAGUUUCAAGGAAAAGAAGCUAUCAGAAUCAACUCUGUCCAGAAAUCUUUUGUUAAAAAAGGUGAAACUGUGGAGGCUUUAAAAAAUUUAUCCUUUGAUAUAUAUGAGGGUCAGAUUACAGCAUUACUUGGACAUAGUGGAACUGGCAAAACAACAUUAAUGAACAUUCUUUGUGGAUUGUGCCCACCUUCUGAUGGAUUUGCAUCAAUCUAUGGAUACAGAGUUUCUGAAAUUGAUGAAAUGCUAGAUGCCAGAAAGAUAACUGGCAUAUGUCAACAAAUAGACGUAUGUUUUGAUGUAUUAACUGUGGAAGAAAAUUUGUCAAUAGUUGCUGCAGUUAAGGGAAUACCUCCCAAUUAUGUGAUACAAGAGGUUCAAAAGAUUUUAUUGGAUUUGGAUAUGCAGCCCAUUAAAGAUAACCAAGCAAAAAAACUAAGUGGUGGACAGAAAAGAAAGCUGUCAAUCGGAAUUGCAAUUCUUGGUGAUCCAAAG